GGGAGUCGAAUCCAAAACAAACCAAACAUGCAGAGUUAUUUUGUUUUCGUAGGGCUGUUCUUAACCCUCUGUUGCCGGGUUAACCUGUUGCUGGCCCUAAACAACAAGAUCUGCGACAAGCUGGUGGGCGAAUUGGGCGAUGGCCAGAGCAAGUUCAUCUACUGCGCCACCACAAAAGCGGUGCCCGUGAAUCUCUGCAUCGGAUGCGCGGAACUCUAUAAGAAUCUCACCAAGGAUUACGAGAACCUCAUCGCGGAUGCCAACUGCUCAAAGAAGUACCUGAACUCGGACAGGAUCAACAUAGUGGCCACCACCCAGGGAAUCCUCACCAGCAUGUGGCAAAAGGCGAACUGCGACAAUUGCUUCAGGGAUGAUUAUUGGUCCAAGUACGACAAUAGAUCCAUCGAUUUAAGGGAUUGCUUGGAAAAGUUUAAGUCCGAUGAGGUCUGCUUGGCUUGUAAACCAUUUUAUCUUGAUUUGAACCAGUUCUACCAUGAAAUGGAAUCUAAUGUCGGUGGAAAAGUGUGUUUUGAUCUGCAGGAUAAUAUGAACCGCACGCGACUGAACUGGUCCAAAACCCUGAAUUGUUGUCAACGCGAAGUUAAGCUGACAAACUUCCUGAUUGCCGUGGGAGUAGUUGUCCUGCUGCCCAUUUUCACCUUCUACUUCACCGCAAUUGUGGUGACCAAACGGCGAGAGGCCAACCACGGUUUGCUCAACGAGGAGGAACCCGAGUUGGACGCUCCUUCUACUUCGACGCUGAUCACGGCUGCAGUGCUGUCGACUCCAUCCACAGAUCCUGCUGUAAUCUCAGCCCAAACGGAAAAAAUAGCCAACGUUUUAAGCGGAGCUGAAGCUCGACUUUCGGACGAUUCCGAUCUGGAUGAACCCGUUUUGAAGCCAAAAGUAGUGACCACAGCUCGUCCAUACGCUGAAUUGGACUCCUCCAGCGAUGAUGAGCCGCCAUUGAGACCAAAAGCAUUGGCUGGCCCAGAAUCCGAAUCCAGUGAUGAUGAACAUCUGGGAAAGGUCAAACGAGCGUAACCAACCAGACAGAAAGUCUAUUGAGGGGAAAUCCCCCCGUUUUUAUGCAAGAAUGAAUAUUUUUAAAUGGCAUGGAGGAGGCAUGACAUCAUAGGAACAUGGCAAGUAACACUAUAAGCUUAAAAGUUCUUCAAAUAUGAUAAUAACACUGCAGAAAGUUAUUAUUUGAUUCCUAAUACUUGUCAGCUUAGCAUUUGUUCGAUAUAUAAAAGCCACUAUAUUUUAGGAAAAGUUUUCUCUAGCUUGAAAUAUAAGAUAUUUUUGUAUAACAAAUGUAUAGCCAUGUAUGUGAUAUCACAAUAAAAAACCAAACCUUUAUAUAUUUAUAA